AGUCCGCCCAGCACCAGCUUGUCCGCCUCUCUUCCACUUUUGCUUAUAAAACGUUAGCCCGGCCGCAUCAGCCGCUUUCACUGGUUCGUGUUUAGGUUCAGGUGUUUUCCCUGGUUUGUUGACAGUUAGACGACCUUUGACCCGGCGCAAUGGACGCUUUUCUGGGCAAGUGGCUACUGGACAGGAGUCGAGACAAGGGCGAGGAGGCGUAUCUCAACAUGGAAGGAAUCCCCGCAGACAUGGCGGAGAAAUACAAGGCUGGCGGCGUUAGCCUGGAGAUCUCUAAACAAGCCAACAACAAGUACCGCUAUGUCCACGUCUGCCCGGGAAUGCCCGACACGACAAACGAUUUUGAGCUGGGGCAGGAGACUCUGUUUGAGAUGGCCACUGGCGAGAAGGUCAAGGCCAAAGUGAGCGUGGAUGGCGACAAGAUCAAAGAAAGUGUCUGCCUACACGGUGUACAGAUGGACAGCGUCAAGGAGAUUAUCAACGGUGAAAUGAAAUCUGUAACAAAUUCAUCCAAUGGCGAGCUGGUGCAAUAUUUUAAAAGAAUUUGAACUCACAUCAGCAAACGUGAAAACUAUUUAAUUGAUGUCUGUCUGUCAUGAUUUUCUCAUUUAGAAAUAAACUUCCUAGGUUUCUAAUAUUUCUUAUUUAAAAACAUUGGUUGUUUUUUGUUUUUUUUAUUAAUAAAGAGUUCACGAUCAUAUGAUUUUAAUGACAAGAGAAAUUGAGUUGAACUGUUUUCAUAUUGUGUGAACUGUGUUAAUAAAGUUGUGUGAAAUGUG